GGAGGGCGGAGCUGCUGCUGGGAGACGGCGGGCUCUUUUUCGCCAUGGCUGCCGGGCCGAUCUCGGAGCGCAACCAGGAUGCGACCGUGUACGUGGGGGGCCUGGACGAGAAGGUCAGCGAGCCGCUGCUGUGGGAGCUGUUCCUGCAGGCAGGGCCGGUGGUCAACACCCACAUGCCGAAGGACAGGGUCACGGGCCAGCACCAGGGCUAUGGCUUUGUGGAAUUCCUGAGUGAGGAAGACGCCGACUACGCCAUUAAGAUCAUGAACAUGAUCAAGCUCUACGGGAAGCCGAUACGCGUGAACAAGGCCUCCGCGCACAACAAAAACCUGGACGUGGGGGCCAACAUUUUCAUCGGGAACCUGGACCCCGAGAUUGACGAGAAGCUACUGUAUGAUACUUUCAGCGCCUUCGGGGUCAUCUUGCAGACCCCCAAGAUUAUGCGGGACCCUGACACAGGCAAUUCCAAGGGUUAUGCCUUCAUUAAUUUCGCUUCAUUUGAUGCCUCGGAUGCAGCCAUUGAGGCCAUGAACGGGCAGUACCUCUGUAACCGCCCCAUCACCGUGUCUUACGCCUUCAAGAAGGACUCCAAGGGGGAGCGCCACGGCUCGGCCGCCGAGCGGCUCCUGGCCGCCCAGAACCCACUCUCGCAGGCCGACCGCCCGCAUCAGCUGUUUGCAGAUGCACCGCCUCCGCCCUCGGCCCCCAAUCCUGUCGUGUCAUCCUUGGGAUCUGGGCUUCCUCCACCAGGCAUGCCUCCUCCUGGCUCUUUCCCACCCCCUGUGCCACCUCCUGGAGCCCUUCCACCUGGGAUACCCCCAGCCAUGCCCCCUCCACCAAUGCCCCCCGGGGCUGGAGGCCAUGGCCCUCCUGCAGCAGGAACCCCGGGGGCUGGACAUCCAGGACACGGACACUCACACCCUCACCCCUUCCCGCCGGGUGGGAUGCCCCAUCCAGGGAUGUCUCAGAUGCAGCUGGCCCACCAUGGCCCUCAUGGCUUAGGACACCCCCAUGCUGGACCCCCUGGCUCUGGGGGACAGCCGCCACCACGACCCCCACCUGGGAUGCCUCAUCCUGGACCACCUCCAAUGGGCAUGCCCCCGAGAGGCCCUCCGUUUGGAUCCCCCAUGGGUCACCCGGGCCCUAUGCCUCCACAUGGUAUGCGUGGACCUCCUCCGCUGAUGCCCCCUCAUGGGUACACUGGUCCCCCGAGACCCCCACCCUAUGGCUACCAGCGGGGCCCCCUGCCGCCUCCCAGACCUACUCCCCGGCCUCCAGUUCCCCCUCGAGGCCCACUUCGGGGCCCUCUUCCUCAAUAAAUUCCCUUUCUUCUUCCUGUUAUAUUCUAGUACCUUUCCCACUCUUUGGACCAGUCAGAGCUGCCGUAGCUAAUCCCUUUGAGUCCUCCCUUUUUAAAGUAACUUCUUCCCCACAGAACAUUUUUUUCUUUUUUACGUUGGUCCUAACUGUUUUACAAAUGCACAUGGAAAAUAAACCUGCACUUCUUGUUUA